AUGGUUCAGGACUCGAAAGAUCACCACGAGAUCCUUCCUCCCGAUUGGAAACUCCUUCCCGAAAGUUUCUCUCCAUCCUCCACACUAGAACUCUCUCAACAGCAAGCCCAAGGCUCUCUUGGCCAAUUUCCCAACAACGAAUUCAUAAAUUCCAAACGAACGAACAUCAUCUUUUCAUUAAAGCCAAACCAUGAAGAAUGGCUACGCAACAGGUUCCAUCGAGUCAGUGAUCCUUCCUCUCCUCAAUUCCGACAUUACUAUUCCAUGAAGGAAAUGGAACAACAAACAAAACCUCUCCCUUCUCAUGUUCAACUGGUGAUGGAAUAUAUUAGAAAUAUGCUGCCUUAUGCUAGGAUUCAACGAAUUUCGCCUCAUGAGAAUUUCAUUCAUGUACAGUUGCCGAUCCGAGUGGUGAAUGCUUGUUUUAAAGCCACGAUGAAGCCUUUCAUUCAUGAAACAACUCAAAGAGUUAUUUAUCGAUCGACCACAGGUUAUUCCAUCCCUAAAUCAUUGAGAAACAUUCUCUUUGAAAUUAUUGGCAUUCAUCACUAUCCGAUCGUCCAUCCUAAAGGAUUCAUGAAGAAGAAUAGAUUCGCUUCAUCACCCUACAUUACGAAUCCUCAAUCGAUUUGGAAACGCUAUAACAUCACACUCCCAAUUGCUUCAAGCCCUAAAAACAAACAAGCAGUGGCUUCCUUUUUGGAACAAUAUGUGUUGCCACAAGAUUUACAGAAAUUUCAACAAUUAUUUCAAUUGCCUCGAAUGUCACCAACCAUUAUUGGACCUAACGACCCAAAGGAACCAGGUUUUGAAGCCACGUUGGAUAUUCAAUAUAUUAUGGCUGUGGGUUAUUUAGUGAACACCACCAUUAAUUCUAUUAAAUACAGUGACGAUGAUGAUGAGCCCUUUAUUGACUGGGUUCAUCAAAUUCAAUCAGAAGGAGACAAUGCAGCUUGGGUUCAUUCCAUUUCGUAUGGUCAAGUCGAGAAAUACGUCUCCAAAUCGUAUCAACAUGCUAUUGACAUUGAAUUUAUGAAGAUUGGUUCUACUGGAAGAUCCAUUCUUGUCGCUAGCGGCGAUUUUGGAGCAAGAUGUAGCUCUGAUGGAUCGAGGUUUCAAGCAGAGUGGCCAACAUCUUCUCCUUUUGCAACUAGCGUUGGUGCAACAGAACCAGAUGAUAUCCUGCAGGAAGUGAGUGUCCAUUGGAGUGGAGGAGGUUUUGCUGAAGCUUACGAAAUGCCUGAUUACCAAAAGGAUGUUGUUAGCUCAUAUUUAAGGCAACCCAAUGUUCCACCAAAGAGCUAUUUCAAUGACAAAGGACGAGCUUAUCCUGAUAUUAGUGCAGUGGGAGUGAACUAUCAAAUAGUCUUGUCUGGUGCAUUGAAAAAUGUUUCUGGAACGAGUUGUAGCACACCAUGUACAGCAGGAAUUUUUUCAUUAUUGAAUGACCUUCGUUUCAAACUGGGUAAAGCACCUCUUGGAUUCUUAAAUCCUUGGCUCUACAAGGAAGUCAUUAAUGUGCCAGGAGCGCUCUUUGACAUCACUCAGGGCAAUAAUGCAUAUAGCCCUUGUCCUGGCUUUUCUGCUGUCAAAGGGUUUGAUCCAAUUAGUGGUCUUGGUGUUUUAAAUUUUGAUGUAUUGAGAAGAGUUGCCAUAACUUCCCCUUAA